AAUAACCGCUUUGAACUAAGCUGCUUGCCAAAUAUUUUCAUGUUCUAAAAUUAUCUUUUUCAUACAAGAAUUAUAAUUAAUGCCAGUACAAGCAAGUGCAUACGUCUAAUAGAUUUAUUGCUUUGGAUAUCCAUUAAAAGAAGUGUUUUGUGAGAAUCAGCGAAAAUAAGAAAAUUCUAUCAAUGUAAUCGGUUAAGCGAUAAGUCCUACGCUUCUUAUCUUUAAUAAAGACAUAAAUAAAUCGUGUUAGUGGAUCAGUGAGUAUAAAUUUUCCACGAGUGAAAAGAUCUCAUUCGUUUUCAAAAUUUAAAUAUAAUGGACAGGGGAUCGUAUGAGAAAUUAUCAAUAAGAGAUUCCGCAAGAUCCCUAAAAAAAUAUGGUAGUACAAGUAAACAUGUAAAUAGGAACGAAAAUUGUAUCAAACACUACGUUACAAAUACUGACACUCUUCAAGGAAUUGCGUUGAAAUACGACGUGACAAUAGAACAGAUCAGGAGGGUUAACCGCUUAUGGGCCUCUGAUAGUCUGUUCCUAAAAGAAUAUUUAUUAAUCCCAGUGCGUGAUAACUCUGUGCCCCCUGUAAGCAGCGAACCGCCUCCAGUAGUUAGUCCUACGCAAAUUUCGUCCCCGAUAAGCAAUAGUAGUUUUGAUGAAGACAACGUCGAAGAAUUUUUAGGAAAAAUUGAUGCAGCUAUUGCAAUUACCAAAAAGGAAGUCAAAAGGACCCAACGUAGCAGCGAAUUCGCCUCAAAUUCCGACUAUGGUUUAGAAAAAAGAAAAGCCCCAGUGUCUCGGAUGAAAAAAACUGUUAAUAAUAACGGAGUCAGUGAUUUGUUUUCACCACCCCAUACUGUCGUUGUACAACAAGGAAGAAAAGUUAAAUCAUCGCUGCAACAACAUGAACAACAACAAGACGAAUUGUUCGAGUUGUAGCAAAAGUAUCCCAAAUUAUAUAUCCCAUAAUCUCCAUGGAAUUUGAUUAAUACGUAUGUUAUUACUUGUUAUUAAAAUAUUUCAAGGUUAAUAUUUUGUUGAUUAUGUUGUCAUUUAGUCAUUGAAUUUUUAUAUUGAGAGUUUAUUUGUGUUCUCAGUUUUAUUUUUUAUACUUUCUAAUAAAAUAUUCUUUACUAUCACUUUCCGUUUUACUAUCGUGGAACUUAUUGUUGUUUAAAAAGUCUGUGUAUCAAUAGAUAAAAGCAUACUUAUGUAAUGUAUAUUGUAAAUAUGUUGUUAGCCAUUUUGCACAAUAAUAUAUCUAUUAUGUAAAUAGAGCGCAUAAUGAAGAAUAUGCGAAAGACACUUCAAUCGUAAAAAGUAGCUCUUCCAACUCCACAGUAAAAUUUUACUUUCAGUUUGUUCUUUAUCUCUAAUUAUAAAAUAUAUCAUUUCAGGUAACUUAUUUAUGUUUACUCAUGUCUAUUUCAUAUUUACAUUUUCCUUUUUAUGUUUAAUAAAAAAUACUGAAAUUCACGCAAAACGUGCUAUGAUAAAAUGAACUAUAUUUUUUGUGAUUUCUUUGAAAAUAUAGAAUAAAUAUAUCUUUUCUAUA